UCAUUUCCAAGUGGACAUUCCUCGUUUGCAUUUGCAAGCUUUGGUUUUAUUGCUUUGUAUGUAGCUGGUAAGCUGCAUACAUUUAGCCUAGUUGGCAAAGGACAAUCGUGGAAAUUAUGUGCAUUUAUUUUACCAAUUUUUAUUGCACUUGGAAUAGCGCUAAGUAGAACUUGCGAUUACCAUCAUCAUUGGCAAGAUGUGGUUGCAGGCUCAGUGAUAGGAUACUUUUUAACAUACAUCUGUUAUAGACAUUACUAUCCACCUCUAGACUCACAAGUGUGCCAUAAACCCUAUGCUGUGCUUACUCUACAACCAGAAAUUGGAAAGACCAGAAAUGAUCAGAUCAAAUGGAUCUAAUGUAUUAAUUACUUGAAAAAUGAAACUACAGUAUAAUAGGACCGUAUUCGUAUAAUAUCUUUAACAGUUUUGCAUUCCUAAUUUAUGCCUGUGUUAUGUAUAUUUACGAACAUACUAAAUAAUAACGAUAUUUAAGUUUCCAAAGCAUGUA